AUGGCUAUUCAGACACCAAAGCAAAGACUAGCAAACGAAAAGUUUAAUAAGAACAUUGAAAAACAUAGAAAAUUUGGUAAAGCUAAGCCUGCGAAGAUUGAUGCUUCUUCAAAGCCUACAAUCUCCAAAUAUUGGAUGUAUGCACUAUUGUUCUUACUAGUUGGUGGUGGUGUAUUAGAAUUAUUUAGUAAUUUUAUUUAA